GCGGUGCUUGCGGUGCCCCAGCAGCAGCAGGGCCUUGCCUUUGUGGUUGUAGAAAGAGAAGAUGGCUCCCGUUCUGGAGAAACAGCUCCCGGGCGCAGCCGGGACAGGCGACAACAACAACGAAGAGGAAGAAGGACAAAACCUUUGGACCUCAAUACUGAGUGAAGUGUCAACUAGUUCGAGUUUAAAAUUGCCAUCGGGAAAAAAUAUCCUGAUAUUUGGUGAGGAUGGAUCAGGAAAAACAGCACUCAUGGCCAAACUUCAAGGAACUGAUCACAACAAGAGAGGAAGAGGACUGGAGUAUCUGUACUUAAAUGUCCAUGACGAAGACAGAGAUGACCUUACUCGCUGUAAUGUGUGGAUCCUGGAUGGAGACCUGUACCACAAAGGCCUGCUGAAGUUUGCUGUUUCAGCUCAAUCUCUUCCUGACUGUCUAGCUGUGUUCGUUGCGGAUAUGUCACGGCCAUGGACCAUUAUGGAGUCACUGCAGAAGUGGGCCAGUGUCCUCCGUGACCAUGUGGACAAGCUCAAGAUUCCUCCAGAAGACAUGAGAGAAAUGGAGCAGAAGAUGGUGAAAGCGUUCCAAGAGUACACAGAACCUGAGGAGGCCAACCCAUCCUCCCCACAAAGACGGGCCCCAACAGCAGGGGAGGACGAGGACGUUGUGCUGCCGCUUGGGGACAACACACUCACACACAACCUGGGCAUUCCAGUGCUAAUAGUUUGCACAAAGUGUGACGCAGUCAGCGUACUAGAGAAGGAGCACGACUACAGAGAGGAGCACUUUGAUUUCAUCCAGUCCCACAUCAGGCAAUUUUGCUUAAGAUAUGGAGCUGGCCUGAUCUAUACUUCAGUCAAAGAGGAGAAGAACCUGGAUCUGCUUUACAAAUAUUUAGUGCAUAAGAUGUAUGAGUUCCAGUUCACCACGCCUGCCUUAGUGGUGGAGAAGGAUGCAGUGUUCAUUCCAUCUGGAUGGGAUAAUGAGAAGAAAAUUGGGAUUUUGCAUGAAAACCUAACAACAGUCAGACCCGACGAUCCAUAUGAAGAUUUUAUCACGAAGCCUCCAGUACGAAAGCUGGUUCAUGACAAAGAGAUAAGUGCAGAGGAUGAGCAGGUAUUCCUGAUGAAGCAACAGUCUUUGUUAGCAAAGCAGCCAGCCACACCAACAAGAGGAGCAACAGAGUCUCCAGGACGGACAGCCUCAGGGUCUCCCAGGCCCGCAGGUCGCGCCGGCCAACCCAGCGUCACCAGCAGCUCACCAAUGGCUGCAGUCAAGAAGCCUGACCCUAACAUGAAAGCGGGGGCUGCCAAUGAGGGAGUGCUGGCUAACUUCUUCAACAGUCUGUUGAGUAAAAAAACUGGGGCCCCAGGGAGCCCAGGAAGUGGAGCAGUUGGAGCAGGAGUGCAAGGGUCCGCCAAGAAAACAGGGCAGAAGCCGGGUUUGACUGACGUCCAGGCAGAGUUGGACAGGAUGACUCGCAAACAAGACUCCAUGGUUUCAGCUAACAACAUACCGCCGCCGACUGAGAACGAAGCGUGAAGGCAACGAAAACAGCUGCAUCGUCCACUGCGUUAAUACUCUGGAAAUAUACAUGUACAUGUGAGCAUAAAAAAUUGACCAAAUUCCCAAUGUCUAUAUCAGUCAGCACACACAGUGGUUUCACCAAAAUGAGUUUCAGGAUGCUAUCAGAUGUUUUGGUGUUCUGGUGAGGUGGGAAGAGAGAGAUAACAGAGAUAGAGGUGUUGAUGAGAUGAUAAGUGCUUGGCUUUAUUUCUGUCCUCUCUUCUACUGUAAAUGCUAUUUUGUGAGGGAUGACAGCUUAUGGAAAUGUGUGCACACUCCCUGGCAGCCAGUUGGAUGUGCUGGGCUGCAGGCCCCCCAGUUUCUGGGGUAAAACACGCUCUCCUCAUGGGCUCAAAAAGUGGAAAUAUACUGGUUAUGUGUCCUCUGGUUCAGCUUAUCUUAUGGAAGGAAUUUGGUUGCGAUUGGAAAGUAUUUAAACUUUAAAUAUAUUCAUUGAGAAACGUAAUUAAAAUACUUGCAGACAUACAUGAUGUAGUAUGUAAAAAAAUGUUGGAUAUGAUGCUGAUGUAUUUAUACAAGGCUUCUCCUUUUAUUUUAUUUUGUGCACCAUCUAUCGAUUUAUGAUCAUCUGUAUCGCAUAACAUGUUAAAAUGCCACUGACGUCAUGACACUAAUGCGACAAGUCCGGAUAGCAGAUAGCAUAUCAUAUCAUUCGCCCUGUUCAUCUCAAAGGAUUCUGUAAAUAUAAAUACAAAAAAAUCUAUUCAGGUUAACUUUGAUUCAUGUAUAAAAUGCAAUUCUGUCCAAAAUCUGAAAAGAGCUUCUUUGACUAAAUGAGACUGGUUGGGAUUUGGCGGGCUUAGAGGUUGCAACGGAAUUGCUUCUUUAGCUACAGGUGUGUAUAUUUGGGGGGAUGGGGUUGGGCAGCAUCUUUCCUACUAUAACUCCUAAGUGCCUCGCACAGUUAGCUGUUUGUGUCAUAGUAGAGGUGCUUGUCUACUACGUGAGAGGAAAUGCACUGUAGCACCAUCGGUUAAAAGGUUUUUGUCCAUUUCUUGUCAUCCAAAUAAUUUAUUUUACAUUUUUGUUAAUGUACAACAAGCCUGUGGUCUGUUAUUUUUCAGAAAUAAGAUUUCUGUGGCCUAGUCGAUAGUGUUCAAUAGAGCAAUAGAUUGAAUGCCUUUAUACAAACUGUAAAAGGCUGCUGAUAUUUAAAGAAGAAACCACAUGAUGGAACUUUUGGGUCCCUCAGAGGAACACUUACUGUGGCUGAAACCACUCACUUUGCAGCCAAAAGACACAACGAUUUUCUGUGGUUUGAACAAAAUGAGAUAUUGUAUCCGUCAGUGUUUGACAGCACUGUCCUCCUUUUGGUUUCACAUGUUUUAUUCACACUGUACUUUUGCAUGUCAGUUAAAAACAUUCCCAGUUUCUACAUGAAGUAGCUGUAGAAACACAUCCCUGUAGUGAAACCUGUUUGUCCAGUCAGGGUUUUUUGUUAGGUCUCCUUCAGUGCCCAUUUAAAACAACAACCUUUGCCUUCAAUGUACAGCUAACAGUUUGUCACACUGGGCACCCUGCCUUCACAGGAAUGCUCCUAAUUCAUUUGUGUGUCCUUAAGGGGUUGCUUAAUUGUGUUCUGUCAUUUCUCUUUUUUUUUAUUUUUAUUUUUUUAAUUUAAAACAUUAUACUGUGUACCAUAUCAAAUAAUCUGUAACAACGUUUAUGGUUUCAUGACACAAUAAUCAAAAUGAAUUAAGUGUACAUUAUCAUUAAGUCUGUAUGCAAGGCCCUACUUAAUCUUAUGGAUAGUGUACAUCAGCAGCUUUCACAGAAUAAAUGGCAUGUGUGACGGGAGCAGCUAUUUGCUAUUCAGAUAAUAGCAAAAAAGGAAAACGAGUGAAUUGGGACACUGAACCAAAGAUGCAUAUUAGUUAAUAUUUUCUGCUUUUAUAGUUUGUAAUCAUCCAUAAGAUUAACCAGUGGCCAUUUUUUGUCCCACUCUUGCAUGGAGCCCUCGCAUUCCACACUGCAGACCUGCCUAUGAACUCUUGUUUUGACUAACACCCUAUAAAAUUGGUAGAAAUGCCUUACUCCAUUCAAUCAUAUCUUAGGUUUCACCAGUCAACGGAAAUCAGUACCAUAAUUGUGUACAGUAGAUAAUGGUAAAUUCUUUAAAAAAUGGUCUGCACAAUGCAAUUAACUUAAAUUUGCUCUGUAAGGGAAUAACCACAGGGUUUUAUUUGUUAUAAAAAUGAUCCCACACAACUGUAUUGGAUUUACUUUGGAUCAAAAUGAAGCGCUUAUUGUUUUUGUUGUUUGUUUGUUUUUCUUUUCGUAACUGGGUUGAAUGUGCACCUGAGGGUCUGAGGUGGAUGAAGCACAAUUUAAGAACAGCCAGGAGCAACACCACCGCAUGUGGAAAUAAGCACUUUUCCUCGGACACUUAUAUUAAUUCCCUGUUGCUACAGUUAAAGAUACAGAAUGCUUAUUUUACUUUUUGCCUUGCCUUUUUAGAAGAUGUAGUAGUUAAGAUAGAAGUUAAUCUACAUCUUAAAACUGCUCUGUUUAUCUGCGUUUGCUGCUUAAGUAAUGGAAGGUGCCCCUGGUGGUGAACUAUGGCUUUCUGAUGGUGAUAUUGUAAAUGUAAUCGAUCCUCUAGGAAACACUAUCGUUACACUUUCAUUGGGAUGUUUUUGAGACAUCUUGAAGUAGAUAAACCAAAUUAUUUUCAGGUUUGACCCCUCCCCAAAACACCCCCUUGUUUAUGUUUACAUCCUUAUCAGGCAUGUUCUGUUUGUGUUGUCAAAUGUGGUUCUACCCAUAGACACGUUCUGUUUAAAGAUUAUUUUGAAAUGCCACCUUGACCUGACUGACCACACUGAUAUCUCCUCAUAAAACAUGGCCACACUUGUUAAAUUUGGCAUUUAGCUGAGUGGAAUGAAGUGCUCUCAUGCUGCUUGGUUUCACAGUUGCACUCACUCUUUGUAAAGGUUGGACGUUGCUCCCAAGAUUGAAUAAUGAACCGUUGUUGUAACUUUUGUACUCGGAUGUCAGUUGAAAGCAACUGCCUCCUCACAUCCUUUAACUGAAUUGCCUUCGACCACUAUUGACAGUCUACAACUAUGUGAGACUAAGAGCUUCUGCUUCCAGUCCUUUUGUAUUCAGGAUAUCAAGACAUUGUAAGCACAUGGCUGGCUGCAUUUUUUGUGUAUCCUGAAUUAAUUCAGAAGUUUGAUUGUAUGACUUUAACACAACUCUGUAGCCUUUAAGCUGCCAUGUGGAUUCUCGCUUCUUACGCCGACAAAGAUACGAAAAAUGUUUAUCAGACCCCUGGCUUCAAUAAAACCAAGAAUCCAAAA